UGACGACGAUUUGGGGGGCUAUGCUCCAGUGUUUUUCACCCCACACUAUUAAUUUGGACCAGAUGACCCAUCCACGUGGAAUAAGACCUCCACGAAAAACGACAUCGUUCAUAGUUUUAGGCCAUAUUUCCCAUUACUUAAUACCUCAACAAAAAAACGACACCGUCACGGUCCCACAAUCAAUUCGUCGUCGCCGCCUUCGAUCUCGUUCUACCGCCGGCUACUUGUCGCCGCCGGUAACGCGAAUAGCCAGAAGCACGUGAUGAACACGCAAUUUCAUGACGGCGGAGAAGACCCUUGGCUUGCUCCGGACAAACUUUACCAUGUAAUAUUCUGUUUCUCCAUCUCUCUCCUCUUCUCUACGCUCGCCUCUCUCUCUCGCUACUCCUUUCUACGCCGUCACUCCAUCUUGAUCGGAUCUGCGUUCUCACUCGCCGCCGGUGCGGCUAAAGAAGCUGCCGAUCACUUUGGUGUCUUCCCUUCCGCAGGUGCCUCCGCGAGAGACGCCGUCGCGGACGCCGUCGGAGUUGUGAUCGCUGCUUUUCUUCUCUUCAUUUGGAGGAAAUCUCGCAGGUCACGUUCAGAACCGGGUCAAACCCGACCGAUCCUGCCGAUUUGAAUGCCCUUUUACUAGUUACUGCUUUGUUUACUUAGACAAAUGUGAGAGAAGAUUCGAGUUUUUCUUCUUCAUCUUAGGGACUUAGACUUAAUCGAGCUCGAUUCAAAGGGAUGAGAAAAA